UUUAAUAAUAAUAAUCAAAUUUAGAUAUCAAUCAGAGUUAAGAGAGAGAAACUGCCUACCUAAUACCUAUUUCUUCCAUUGCCAUAACUAUGAAAUAUAGGCUGAUUUUCACAAGCUACAGUAUAUUCAAGUCGAUUAAUUCAAGACUUUCAUUAAGACCGUUUUCUUCUAAAGUGCCUUUAACACCGGUAAAUACAUUAGAGAAACAAGAGAGUACUAGAGUGAAUGUUGAUAAGAACACCUUAGCGCUUUUAGAAAGACUGUCUCUAGUUAAAUGUGAUACAGCAGAAGGGGUGAAGGUAUUAGAGGAUUCUAUAGCAUUUGCUGAUAAAAUUCUUCACAUCAAUACGGACAAUGUCGAACCACUGUACUCAGUGUUAGAAAAGGAGAACUUAAGUUUACGUGAUGAUGUUAUAACACAAGGAAAUUGUCAAAAAGAUAUUUUGAAAAAUGCUACUGUAGUAGAGGAUGUCUAUUUUGUAUCGCCCCAAGGAAACAUACCUCUGCAUGAAGUAGAAGUUGAAGAAAGAACAGCAGAAACAAAAGAAAAUGAGAACUCAAUUACAAAGAGUCAUUAAUUUAAAAAACUUUUUCAAAAUCAUAGAUUCUUCUAGUAGUCAUGUUACUUAUAAUUUUAAGAAACCUAGUAAAGUUUUAUGUAAUAAUAUUUACAUCAACUGGUUAAAAUCAAUUUCUACCAAGAGCAC